CGCCGGUGGGGUCGAUCCCCCGCACGCGACACGCCCGCAUGUGCGCCGCUGCACGUAUAAAUAUGGGCACGCAUCCAUCCCUGCUCGUGGUCGAUCGCUUCUCGAGUCGAGUCUAGCAAGGGUUGGUUUUGGUUGGUGCCUUGUGCCUGUGUGUUCCAGUCUGUCGCACACUAGCUAGUAGCAGCUGCAUCGGACCGGAUCGCGGAGUGGCCACGACGCGUAUGCGCGCGGCGAGCGUGGAGGCGACGGGGAGGUGAUCCGAUGGAGCUGGAGCUCGGGCUCGCGCCGCCGAACCCGCACGCGCUGGGCGGCGGCGGCGGCGGCGGCGGGGAGUCCGUCGGACUCCACGACGGCGCCCCGGCGGGUGCCGCCUGCGGGAAGAGGGCGUUCGGCGAGGCGUUCUGCCGGGCCGAGAAGGCCACGCUCCCGCUCUUCGUGCGCGACGGCGACGGCGGCGGCGGUGGCGGCGCCCGCGACGGCGUCGACCGUGAAAUGAGCAACAAGAGGAAGAGGCUGGUGGGGUGGCCGCCGGUGAAGUGCGCGCACAGGCGGCGGAGCUGCGGCGGCGGGUACGUGAAGGUGAGGAUGGAAGGGGUGGCCAUCGGGCGGAAGGUGGACGUCUCCCUCCACGGCUCCUACGAGGAGCUGCUCCGCACGCUCGCCCGCAUGUUCCCGUCCACGAACGAAGGCGCGGGUGCAGAUGUGGAGGGGGAGGCGGCGGCCCAGGACGGCGAGCGCCGCCGUGGCCGUGGCCACCACCCGUCCGUGGUGACCUACGAGGACGGCGAGGGGGACUGGCUGCUCGUCGGAGACGUGCCGUGGGAGGACUUUGCCAAGUCGGUGAAGCGGCUCAAGAUCCUCGCGUAGCUGACGACAUACGUACGUCAGCAGCACUGCAGCAACGUGUUGCGUUUGCGAGCUCGCCACUCAAUAAUCGUCCUCGGAGCGUAGAUCAGUGCAUUGUAUUCAGGUCGUCGGUGGUUUCAGUCUUUCAGAGCAUGACGAGAGCGCUAGCACUCAGCCACUCACUAUAGCUAGUAGUAGUAGCUACGAGCUGUUCAUCGUCACGCUGUACCUAGUUCGUUGUUCACUUGUUCGUGUCAAAGGGUUUCGUCUACCGUACCCUAAGCCGCCGCUCGGUCCCCAUUGCGACCGGACGCGUGUAUGGCCGUCGUCUGUGGCCUGCUUUAGGUCGUCUACUAGUAGUGUGUUGAAGCCUUGAAGGUCUCUGCUUAAACCUGUGACCGGAAGCCUUGCUGGUUUUCCAUUUUCCAAUGCAUGUGUUAAAUAAACGUGUGACAACUUAGAGAGUGUACA